AUAGCUUUCAAUAGUAAUUUGAAAACCGGCUUCUGCACAUUAUAAAAGUUUCGAAAUAUUAUACGAACUAUCCAUUAAAUAAAUUUAUUAAUUUCUAUCAUUAACGUUAAUUGGAAAACGUGUUAACAUUGUUUUUGUUGUGAUUGAGCGCUACACGUUCUUCGAUUGCCCGAGGCAUAAUUCGCUGCUUGAUUUUCGAAAAAAAUGUUGUGUCCUGAAGUGUGGCGUUUUCAAGCGCCGGUCCAUGAAAUACUCGAGAAGAUCGGAACCAUCGAUCGCAAGAAGCCUAAGAAAAAUGUCAUAGUAAAUGGGAUUCGAUCGCAUCACUUCAAUCAGAUGAUUACGAUAAUUUUACCGGACGUGACCAGCAUUCCGCCCACCCUGGAAACAAUCCUAGCAGAUAGCGAUCACUACUUGGUACGGAACAUUUCCCUUCAGUCCCUAGUGGCACGACCGUUCAUCGAAGGCUUCAUCAAAAGAGGAAAAUUCUACGCAGUAUCUUUCCGCACUCGACUGGACACCGAAGACUGUGUGGUUGUUACUCCCGGCGGUACGCUCGUGCUACAUUUGAACAAGGAAACCUACCAGACGCUCGGACUAGAGGGGCGGGUAUCGCAGUUUGCACGCAAAAGGAACAGCAAAUACGUGGUUCAAAUCGACCUGAAAACGCUCCAACCGGAAACUAAACACUACGAACGCAUUCGGAAGUGUUUGAGCCGUGAAACGCUCGGUCGCUUCGAUCUACAAAUCACUUGGACUCCCCCGGAAGCAUGCAAUUCGACCGAUUCCAGCGCCACCAUUUGUCCAUCUUCCGUGGCGAGCUACUUCGCGGAAGCUCUUGCUGGAGAGUUGGAGCCGACUGCUGUUAAGGUGGAACUGAUGCCAACGGUGGUGAAGGUCCACCAGGAGUAUGGCUUGAAAGUUCCCGAGUUCAGUCUGAUCGAGCAACCGGGGAAGGAGUACUGCAGCGCGGGUGAGUUGAUAGAGUAUAUGGGAAUGUUGGCACUUUCGUGUGACACCGAGGAGGAGGAGUAUCUCAAUUCGUACGAUUUCUCUGGGGAUCGAGUGGAGAUAGGAAAUGCCAAAGUGAUGCACUGGAAAGGAUUCUUUACAACUGCUCACGUGGAAUCGGUUUAUCGGGCGCUUUUGGGAGCAUUGGAAAGGGAAAGUCAUGUGCCAUGGCUGGGAAUGUACGUUCACGGGUUUUCCGACAGUCCCAUUAGUUUCGGAAUGAGAGAGAACUAUUUCCACACUGACGGAGAUAACUCUUUUGCUGUGGUUGUUAACCCGAAAGAAGAAUAUUUGUGGUAUCAGUUAGUGGGGAAUAAUAAACUUCCCAAAUAA